CUUUCAUGUCAAAGGAAGACCAAGAAGUGACAACAGGAGUCUUGAAAGAGAAAGGGAUAACACCAGUAGUUGAAGAUUUCAUCAAGACAAAAGAACAAUCUGUCAUGUUAAACCGAUUGCUAGGCCAGGGGACGUAUGAUUCGUUUGACAUGCGCUGUAUGGUAACAGGUCAGUUUGGAGUCGGAAAAUCUACGCUUGUCAAGCUCUUAAUUGGUGAUGCUAUCCCGGAUGAAAGACUUGCUACAGAUGGGAUUUCCCUAUUAGAAGGCCGAUGUGGCCUUGAUAUAGACACCAGAGAGUGGAUUCUUAUUGAUCCAGAAACUUACAAUGCCCUAGAUGUUGUGUACAAUAAGGUGUUGAUGACCUCCGUAGCAGAAGAUGAAAGUAAACAAGAUGAAAUACAACAAACUGGGCGCACAAGUGGUAAACAUUCAGGUGAUGUAUCACAGCAGUCAGAAGCAAGCAAGUCAAAGACCUCACCAGGACAUAUCACAGGGAAUCUUUCUCAACAGUCUCAAUAUUUGUUACCACAGUCCUCUUCCAGUGUGCAUCUUACACAAGAGCAGUCAACAAAGAAAAUGAAAACCAAAAUGACCAAGGAUGAAAUAAGAAAGAAAAUGGAGGAAAUCCUCAGGAGUGGAAAUUAUAAGAUAAAAGUUGGAAGACUGAUCUUCUGGGACUUUGGUGGACAGUACGUCUACUACACAACACAUCAGACCUUUAUGACAUUCAGAGCUUUGUUCCUGCUGGUGUUUGAUGGAAGCAAAGGAUUGCAUGAUCAGGUCCUGGAUGUGUUAUGCUUUCCAGGACAACACAUGAUACCAACUCCUGCAGUAUUUCUUCAACAUUGGGUCAAUUCCAUCCUGACGUAUUGUAAGCCAGUAUAUAAAAACAUUCCGAAGAUCUUGUUAGUUGCAACACAUAAGGACCAAAUUACCCAGGAGAAUGUUGAAACACGACGAAAAGAGUUGUACAGUGAAGUAGAAGAGUUGUUCAAAGAUCACGAGGGAAAACAACAUCUUGUCCUCAGCCCUAUGAUAUUUGUCAAUGCCAAAGACAAAGCUGACCCAGAUAUACAAAUUCUCAAGAAAGCCAUUACCGAUCUCACUUUCGAACAUCCAUGUUGGGGAGAACAAAUGCCAAAUGCAUGUGUCCCCCUUGAGCUUGAGAUCGCGGAGUUGGUUGCUGAAGGACAGCAAAUCUUGUCUUUGAAGGAAGUAGAAGAAUUGAAUUCCAUCAGUCAGUUGUCUGUCUUGUCUUCUGAGCAGCUAACCGAUUUUCUAAAUUUCCAACAUUCGCUCGGAAAAGUUAUCUACUUUGAUACACCACAGCUGAAAGAUUUUGUGAUUAUCAGCCCACUACUAUUGGUAGAAGUCAUGAGGUCUUUUGUAACAGACAAGCAAUUCUGGCCAAGUAAGACUACAGUACAUGCCAUUUUCAAAAAGAUGUCAGAAAGCGGAACAAUACAAAGAGGGGAACUGUAUCAGAUCUGGGAACAAGAAGCCUUCAGUAAAGUAUUACCUUAUAAAAAGUAUAUAUUUGAUAUGCUUAUUCACCUUGAUAUUGUGUCAGAGCAGCGUAGAUAUAACACAAAAACUGGACGUCGCCAAUCAGGGAUUAACUUCUUUGUUCCUUGUAUGGUUACAGCGAGAAAUACUACCAAGUUCAUGACCGAGGAAUGCACACCAAAAAGAGCUAUAGGUUUAGCAUUCACUUUUAAAGGAGCUAUAAUUCCUCCAGCUUUGCCAAACCGACUCUUCAGUGCAUGUCUUAAUAUGUGGAAUGUGAAAACCUAUAAAGAACAAAAAGGAAAAGGUACAACUGGAGAAAAGAAAGAGAUCAAACUCCUGUUUUCGGGAUUUCUUGGCCUGUCGUAUGACAAGGCACAUGAUAUUGUUGUAUGUGUUGAAGCCAACAGAAUUUAUCUUUACAUAGUCCACAAGACCUCCAAUGACCUAAUAGUAUCCGAUAUCGCCACAAGUAUCAAGGAAAGCUUCUAUAUUACAUUGGAGAGAAUAAUAGAAUUCUAUCAGUCAACAGUCCAUGCCAGAGCUAGCAGUUUGAACAAACCUUUCCAGGUUGAAUAUACUUGCUCCAAGUUAGAAUGCUUUAUCACUGAGGAGGAGGCUUUGCAAAGAGUCGAAUGGGUGUGUGAAAAGCAUACGUUGGUGCAUAAAAGAAACCAUUGGAACGUUUGGAAUCAAGAUCAGACAAAAGAAGAAUGUGAAGAUAAUUGUCAAGGUCUAAGUGUAGAUGCAUUGAAUCAGAUCCCAAGUGAUACAGAGUUAUUGCGUUUUUCAUCCAACUUUGAACCAGAAAUGAUGCAUGAAUUGGCAACACAUCUACGAAUGCUUCCUAAAUGGAAAAAAAUCAUGUUUAAUCAUCCACAGGAAAUAGAGAUUGCAACAUUUCUAUUUUUGAUUGAAUGGAAAAGGAAAAAUUCAAAAGGAAAGUUUAAGGUGCUGGCUGACGUUGUAGGAAAAAUGAAUUUAACAGUGCAUACGCUAUGUUAUGUGAGACGAGUCACAAAAGCAGAAACAGAUAUUCCUGAUGAAAUCCUAGAUUGCAUUCCAACAGAUGAAAUUAUAGACUCCUUAGCACCACAAAUUGGCCAAAAGUUCUUUCAACUAGGAACAGAACUAGGGUUAUCUGUAGCAGAAUUAGAAAAUAUAAAAAAUAAUCAUUGCAGUGACUUGGCAGCUCAGAACAAGAAAGUAUUACUGGGAUGGAGGGAAGACAAAAAAUUAAAACCUUCGAUCGAAGUGCUUGCACAGGCUUUAGUCAACAUUGACAGAGGAGUAGAUUGCUUGGAGGAUAUUAUAGAAGAUAUAGAUGUUAAUACUUUCAGAGCAACAGAGGAUAUUACAGAUAGAAUUUGCGAUCAUCGUGAUGAAAUCAUACAGGAUAUAGUUAUAACCGAUAUCUUAGAUGAUAUGAUGACACACCUGGUGAUUUCAGCAGAUGAUAGACGCCAUAUUGAACACUAUCCACGACAAGAUGAUCAGAAUAAAGCAUUGCUUGAGAUAGUGAUUACAAGGAAGGAGCAGGCGUAUUCAUUGUUUGUUGAUGCAUUACAAAACAGUGGUUACACAGAUCUAGCAAACAAACUGAGGUACGAUUCACAUGAUGUGAGUUCAGAUUCCACACCAGAACUUUCUGAAAAUAAAGGAUCAUCGGAGUGGAUUGUCCCAUUAUAUAGAGUUCGUCUUCAGAAGAAUUAUUGCAAGAUCAUACGAGAGAUAAAUCAUCAAACCAUAGUAGAUUACCUUAUAUCAACAUCUCAUUUCUCUCUUGGUGACAGUGAACAGAUAGAAUCUGGUAAAACUCAAAUGGAAAAGAACAGAUCAUUGAUGGAUAUUCUUUUACAUGGACGUGAGGAAAUUAGAUAUACUGAAUUUCUCAAAGCUCUACGAAAGGAACCUGUAUAUAAAGACUUAGCAGAUCAGAUAGAACAAACAGAAGUUACCGACAGAGAUAGGUCAAUACUACAGAGUUGUCAAAAGAUAAAAGGAAAAGAUUAGUUUAAUA